GCUGCUAUCUUAAAAACUGUAAAAUCGAAAUAUAAUGUUGAGAUGAAAAUUGAACGUCUAAUGAACCUCAAACUAAAUGAGGAUAAAAAUAUUAUCUCUUAUACCAACCGAUUUGACGUCUGUGCAAAAAGAGUAAAAAAUGAAGUUAGUAAUCAUGAAGUAAAAUGUUGGUAUCUCAGAGGCCUCCCGGUCAAAUACAGAGAAAAAGUAAAGCAAUAUUACUUUAAGACCUAUGAGGAAACAAAAAACUGGGCAAUCAAGUUCAAGAAGUAUAAAAAAAAAGCCAACGUAAUAGGAGAAGAAUUGACUUACCAGAUGAAUCCUGAUAUUGAUGACCUGGCUGGUGCCUUUUUGAAAUUAAAUAUUCGUCAA